UUUUAUUCUUCGGGGGGAACAAAUGCGCGCCGAGUUAUUGGGCCCGCCGGUUGGAAAAACAUCGAGGACAGGCGCAAGAUGUUGGCAGGCGCAGGCAACUCUUCCCGCUUCUGCGCUUUGGCCAAUUUUUGCCGGCCCUCUGGUGGGGUCGCCUGCGCUCCGCUGGUGCCAGUUCCGCGCGGCCUUUAAUUUUGGACCGGCAAGGAGGCCGAAAACAGGCGCAAGGCCCGCCAGCUCUGCGCAACCGAUGCGCGCCCCGUGUGUUUCACGCGCGUGCCUACUUGUGGGACUUGGAUGGCAGGUCCGCCGCUACGGAUGGGCGCGGGCUGUUUCGUGUAGACGUAGCGCCGCAAAUCGACGAAGGCCCUGCGGGCGCAGGGCGUGAAGGCUUUUGGCUUUGGGCUUUC